UCCUGCAUCUAUUUUUCUCAGUUGGCAGGAGAAGCCCAGGAGCUGUUCUCUGUGCGUCACGGACCUGUCCGAGCUGCUCGCAUUCUUCCUGCUCCUCAUAUCAGUCCUCUGAAAACCGAUAGCUUUGCUGAGAAGAGGCCGUUGCUGGGGGUCUGCAAGAGCGCAGGGUCUUCAGGGACGAGCCCCCCGUACUGCUGUGCUGACCUGUACUCCUUAAGGACAGGUGAAAUGGUUAAAUCCAUUCAGUUCAAGUCGCCCAUCUAUGAUCUCCACUGCAACAAACAUAUUCUAGUGGUGAGCCUCCAGGAGAAGAUUGCAGCCUUUGACAGCUGCACCUUUACCAAGAAGUUCUUUGUUACAAGCUGCUAUCCGUGUCCUGGUCCCUGCCUGAAUCCAAUCGCUCUGGGAAGCCGCUGGCUGGCCUACGCUGAGAACAAGUUAAUAAGAUGCCAUCAGUCCCAUGGAGGAGCCUGUGGUGACAACGCUCAGUCCUACGCCGCUACAGUCAUCAAUGCUGCCAAAACGUUGAAAACAGGCCUCACCAUGGUGGGCAAAGUGGUUACCCAGCUGGCCGGCACCAUACCGGCAGGCACGCCCGACGAAGAGGGAACGCCCCACAGCACGGGUCGCCGCAGCCCCCAUAGCCCCGGCGUGAUCACCAUCAUCGACACAGAUGACGUCGGUGAAGGACAGGUCCUGGUGAGCGAGGACUCUGAUGGAGAGGGAGUGGUGGCUCACUUUCCAGCCCAUGACAAACCGAUAUCCUGCAUGCAGUUCAACGCCAGCGGAAUGCUUCUGGUGACCGCGGACACGCUGGGCCAUGACUUCCACGUCUUCCAGAUCCUCACCCAUCCCUGGGCGUCCUCGCAGAGCGCUGUCCACCAUCUCUAUACGCUGCAUCGUGGGGAGACUGAGGCCAAGGUCCAAGACAUGUGCUUCAGCCAGGACAGUCGCUGGGUAGCCAUCAGCACCCUGCGUGGAACCAGCCACGUGUUUCCAAUCAACCCUUAUGGCGGCGCACCCUGCGCCCGCACCCACAUGUCCCCACGGGUGGUCAACCGGAUGUCACGCUUCCAGAAGAGCGCCGGCCUGGAGGAGAUCGAGCAGGAGCUGAACAGGGCGGCCGCUGCGGGUGGAGGAGGAGCCGGAGGCAUUGGAGGGAGCAGCUGCAUUCUGGGUGGAGGAGGCGGCGUGGGCGGCCGCUGCAGUCCCGUACCUGGCGUGUCCAGCAGCCCCUCAGGGUCUCCGCUGCACGCCAAACUCAGCAGCCAGGAUUCGUACAACAACUUCACCAACAACAACAUGGGGAACCCUCGGCUCAGCCCGCUGCCCAGCCUCACCGUGGUUCUGCCUCUGGCUCAGAUCAAACAGCCCAUGACGCUGGGAACCAUCACCAAACGCACAGGACCGUACCUCUUUGGGGCGGGAUGCUUUGCCAUUAAAACUCCAUGCAAAGCCAAACCGCCCCCCCAGAUCUCCCCCAGCAAGUCCAGCGGUGGAGAGUUCUGCGUCGCUGCCAUCUUCGCCUCGUCUCGCUCCUGGUUCAUCACAAACCCCAACAUGAAGAGAGAAAAAGAUCAGUCCCGCCAGUCGGUCGUGGACUCGCUGUACAUAAUCAGUUGCUACGGUAACGUGGUGGAGCACGUCCUGGAGCCUCGGCCGAUCAGCACUGCGCAGAAGAUCAGCGAUGAGACUCCGCUGGAGCUGAGCACCUCUCCCAGAGCGUGCUGGACGUUAGCCAGGACUCCGCAGUGGAACGAGCUGCAGCCUCCUUUCACCUCCAGCCACCCCCUGGUUCUGGCCUCGGACCUGGUUCAGUACUAUCAGUGCCUCCUGGCUGGGAUCAGCCCAGGAAGUCCAGGUCCAAUCACACGUCACGAGUCAUGUGACAGCUUGGCGUCGGAUCACAGCGGCCCAGACGAUGAGGAGUGGCUGUCCCAGGUGGAGAUUGUGACCCACACCGGCCCCCACCGCCGCCUGUGGAUGGGCCCCCAGUUCCAGUUUAAGACCAUCCACCCGUCGGGGCAGACCACCGUCAUCUCCUCCUCAUCCUCGGUGCUUCAGUCCCACGGGCCCUCCGAUGUCCAGCAGCCCCUCCUGGACUUUGACACCGAUGACCUGGACCUCCGCAGUCUUAGGAUCCAGCCGGUGCGAUCAGAACCAGUCAGCAUGCCCGGUUCUUCCCGCCUGGUGGCCGAUCGCAGGGGACAAAGCAGCGUCCUGGAUGCCGGCUCAGGUAGGACACCUGUUGCUCCACCUCUGAUUGGAGGCUUUCUGCUCUGCUCUCCUUCCUGUUGCGUCACGCUGCCAGUGGUGAUGAUGGCGUGUUUGUUUCCUAACUCCAUCGUUAGCUCAUGUCUGACUGGUGGAACUGCAGGAAGUUACAUCUACAGAUUCCUUAACGCAGAUCUAAGGAAACCAGAUAUUCAUGCCUUCAGUCUCCCUCUAUGGUACGCUGAAACACGUCGCCAUAUGAUUCCCGCCGUACGCCGGCGUCUGCCAUCAGUGGUCCAUCAGUUCCAGGGAACGCCGCUGCGCUCCGACCUGUCAGAGACGAGGCCUCUGACGGACGGUUUGGCUGUGAGGCUGCAGGCCUCCUUGCACCCAUACGCUCGUCUUAUCUCUGCCUUCCCUGAGGUGACGGGACGCCACGCUCGCUCUCUCACUCAGCCUGCGCUCAACAGAGCUUCCAGUCCUGAUGGCCUCUCCUCCUUUACCGGCCGUACAGGAGGGGCCAUCGUCAGCCGCCUUCUGCGGCCGCCGUCAGGCGGCUCCACUGGCUCUGACAGGCCAGAAGAUGCCAUGCCAUCUGAUCUCCUCCUUAAAGACAAAUGCCCUCAUUUCCUGGGAAGCCCUCCUCCAACAGUAGAUACCUUUGUGGCCUGCUGCCCCCCCCUCCUCACCCGUCCAUCACCUCAGGGUGUGCUGGGUGACCUGCUGCUGAUGCUCAUCAUCCGACCAGGCAGCGACCGCCGCAUGUCGAGGAGUAAAAGAUAA